AUGGAACAUCCUGAAGAGCGUUAUUACAAACUAAAUCGAUUUGUGCUGUUGCUUACUGGGUUAUGGCCAUAUCAAAGUAAAUGGAGCACUCGUGUAGUGAGGGCUGUUAUCACUACUAUAUUACUGUCAUCUAUAAUUUUUCAGCUAUUGAGCUUAUUUAUGUCUAAUAUCACCGCGAACUUCAUAAUCGAUAUGAUACCAGCAUUUGUGCCUGUGAUGGGUAGCCUGAGCCAAAUGUAUGCACGUGUCGGACAUGCAGGCAAACUUAGGGAUCUAUUUGAACAUAUGUGGAACGAUUGGAGAUUACGAAAGACAAAUUAUGAGAUCAAGAUCAUGCAGAAGCAUGCCGAGACGUCGAGAUUAUUGACGCUUUAUUAUUUGCCGCCGCAAAAGAUCAAUAAUUUUGAUCUCUUGGAAGGUCAAGUCCAACAUCAAGAUCGGUCGGAAGUUUGGGACGAGCUGUAUAAAGUUAUACAGUACGUAGCCGUGAUAGGAUACAACACAUGGCUGGUCCUACCGGAUGUCCUCGAUAUUAUAUCACCCAUAAAUGAAUCCCGCCCACGAAUACUACCUUUUAAAGCUGAGUUCUUUAUCGAUCAAGGACGAUACUUUAACCUCAUUCGAUCCCAUACAUGCAUCGUGAUUUUUAUAUUAUCACUAAUUUUUCUUGCCGUUUCCACUUUGUAUGUGACUCUUACGCAACAUGCUUACGGAAUGUUCGAGUUGUUGGGGUAUCGCGCGGAACGCUUAUUUUACAUUGUUGAAGAUACGGUGGGAUACGAUUCAAUACGGCCAAAAAUAAAUUACGGAAAUGUAGUCGUUUUUGUACGGCUGCAUUGCAACAUUAUACAAUUCGUUGCUAUGAUCGAAUUUUAUCACACAAUACCGUUUCUAAUGGAUAUCAUAGGAUUAGUGCUUACGAUGAGUCUUGCAUUAACGCAGAUACUUACCACAGGCGGUGAUAUUGAUCGAGCCUUCAGAUCUAUCAGUCUCUCUAUUAUAGCAGUGGUAUAUCUAUUCAUAUCUAAUUAUAUGGCACAAAAAGUCACGGACAUGAGCUUAAACGUAUGCGAGAAAGUGUAA